AUGCAUGUCCAUCGGGGGUCAAAGCCCAAGUGGACGCCGCCUCCACGAUCGCCAGUCCACGCCGCCUCAACGCCUCCACGCCGCCUCCACGAUCGCCUCCCCCUACGCCAUCUGCGGCCGACGCUGCCCCCGACGCCACCUCACGCCGCCUCCACGAUCGCCUCCCCCGACGCCAUCUGCGGCCGACGCCACCUCACGCCGACGCCACGAUCGCCUCCCCCGACGCCAUCUGCGACCGACGCCGCCCCCGACGCCACCUCACGCCAACGCCAUCUGCCACCGACGCCAGCUCACGCCGACGCACCAGACAGCGACUGCCCCGACACGAUCUGCCCCGACGCCAUCGCCCCCGUCGACACGUUGCGACCGACACCAUUUGCCACCAACGCCAUCGUGCCGUCGUCCCCCAGGGCCGGCCCUGAUCCCAUGGCACGAGGCUUCACAAAGACCUUAUCAGAUCUUACAAAAUUUACUUGGCCGAUCAGAAACCUUGCCCUCCUACAGUACUUGUUUUGGGAGAAAGUGCAGCCACUGGAUGAUGAGGCAUUUGAUCCAUUGGCUCAUGAAUAUCCGUUGAUGCUUAAUUGGUCAGAAGAUGAGGCUAAGAAGCAUGACGCGUACGACACGUCAUACGGCCGUGGUAAUGGGACGAUUGAUGACGUGAUAAGUGAGAAGUACAGGCAGACAUUAAUUGCUCAGCAAGGAAGAAAGGCGGAGGAAGAAUUAGAGCAAGAAUUAGAGCAAGAAGAUCGUGCCCAAAAAAAGAAAGAUAAUAGAGAUGAGGCUUCAUCGAGCAGGGAUAGUACAUUAGAUCAAGUGAUGAAAUGCAUCAAAGAUAUGCAAAAAGAAAUUAGACUUCUCCCUCAAAAAUGUGCGGAGAUAGUAGUGGAGAAGCUGGAGAAGAAAGGUCUUGUAUUCAAGCCAAACAAGGGGUCUGAUGAUGACAUUGAGUUUGUGGAGCAUAGUGAAGACUGGGUGGGGAAGUAUGGUCCAUCAAAAUACAAAUCAUCAAAAUAUUGGACAGAUGUAAAAUCAACUCCUGCAAAAGAAGAUAUGGACAACAGGGUGGACGCAUCCUUCGCCACUGGGAACGGGAAUAAAUUGGCGCGUGAGAAAGGUGUGCAUCACAACACACCUGGUACAGGAGAUGAAGGAGACCCCUUCGUUAUUGAGGACAAUGGUAAUUCACCCAACCCAUCUCUUGCGACGGUAGACACGAAUGACUUUCCGGCUAUUACUUCAACCCCCAAGAAUAUGAAUGAAGUGCCAGACGGGUCUAGCGCCGAUAAAUCUGAGGAGAUUAGUAUGGAUAGUAUGAACACCCGUAUUAAAAAUGCGAAAGAAAAUGGCACUCCGGAGAAUGAUGGGAAGGAGAAUGAUGGGAAACGCAAGAGGAAACAGUCAAAAUAUUGUCUUUCACCUUACCAGCAGAACGGUGGACGUAAACGUGCAAAGAAAAGUCUGUUUGGUAUAAGAGCUGCUAUGAUUAAUACUGAUUACAUUAAUGAGGAUCACAUAGAGGCCGCGAUGGUUUAUAUCCGGACACUGGCAGACUUGGAGAAGCUUUGCAGCAAAACUGUCGUGCACAUGACGGGAAUUGGUGGGGAAACAUGUACACCUGAAAUGCUUGAAGCCAUCAUUUUGAAAAAGUGGUUGCAUGGCGGUGUCAUCAAUAGUUAUUGCAACCAUAUGCAGACCCAUAAUCCUCAUGCUGACCGUCACAUAUUAUCAUCUUGGGUGUCCCACUGGCUUAUUCUUCGUGCUGAUGGAAAGGUUAACAACUCUAAGAGGCAUUUUAUGGAUCACUUCACAAACCAAACUAAAAUGGUGUCUAGAGUUACUGAAGAGUAUUUCAUCAAAGAUAAGAGGGCAGAAAUAGCAAAUGAUACAAAGGAGGUGAAUGCUCUUAUUGAAACGGAACAUCCUGACGUAUCAUCCUGGCCAAUAAGGGAGUACGAUAUGCCGUCACAAACAGACGGAGUCUCUUGUGGUCUUUUCGUGGUGAAAUGCGUUCAAAACUGGGACGGAGAUGAUUGGACAUUUGAGUUUGAUCAAGAUGAGGUUAAUGCUUCAAGGGGACGCAUUCUAGCUGAAAUACUUUUUUCAGAGUGCAACACGAAGGAAGUAGUGAAAGAGAAGAUCCUCAAGAUCAUGGAGAAGAAAUGA